UCGACUCCUUGUAAACCACACGGUCGUACUCGCAAAAAUGAAACUGCUCCUGAUCUCCGCUCUCCUCGGCAUGGCUGCUGCCAUCGGCCCACAGUACCCUGAGCAGUCCAACCGACCCCAGGCCUCCUUCGAAAGGAACGCCAGGAUCUUGGCCCUGGACUCUGAUGUGAAGGAAGGCAGCUUCCGAUACAACUAUGAGACCGAGAAUGGAAUCAAGGCUGAGGAACAGGGACAUGAGGCCGACGGUAUCGAAUCCCAGGGUGGUUACCAGUACACCGGUGAUGAUGGCCAGGUCUACUCCAUCUCCUUCGCCGCUGGCCAGGGUGGUUUCCAGCCCCAGGGCGCUCACAUCCCCACCCCUCCCCCCGUGCCUCAGGAGAUCCUGAAGGCUCUGGAACAGAAUGCUGCUGAUGAGGCUGCUGGUAUCAUCGAUGAUGGUCAAUACAAGCCCGAGCAGCACGGAGCCGGCGCCGGUCACCAGCAACAGCAAGGAGGUUUCGCGCGUGCGCAAGCCAGCGCUUCCUACAGAGGCUAAAUAACGCUAUUUCACUCUAACAUUAAGGUUUCAACAACAAACCAAGACUCUGUCUCACUCUAAAUCAAAACAAUAAACCAGUAGCAACAUAUGAAGACGAAAUAGAUGAAGAUAAUGAACAUAUAGAAAUAGAAAUAGUUGAAGUGAUUGCAGAUAAAAGAAAAGCUUCACACGAAAAAUAAACGGAACUCAAAGAUGAAAAUUGAAGUAAAUGUGAAAUGUAUGAUGUAGUACGUUUUACAAUUACUUACAUCAUACUGACGAAAUACAUAUUGAUAAUAAUGUUGAAAUCGGUGAAGACUAAAAGUAAAAUAGAGGCUAUCGAUGUGAUGUCAGAAAAUAACAACUCAAAAGAAAUUACUUAUAAAAAUCCUAAAACCUAUUGUGUACUUGGACAAUGAAGACUUCGAAAUAGUGUUUGUUAUAUAAAGUAAAUGUU